CACGAGGAGAGCAAAGAACAGAGACAUGGUGGCUGCUUCCUCUACCCUCCCACUAUGGGGUGUAGGUAGUGGAGGCAUGGAGGGAGCAGCGGCGCGGCUCCAUCGCUCCCUUAUCGCUGGGCGGGGCAAUGGACCGAUAACGACACCACGGCGUGAUUUAAGCGAUCAAGGUGGUGUAGAUGAGCAGUGAACCGGCCAUGUCCGCAGCAUCGCUGGUGUCAUACGUGAUUGGAAAACUGAAGAGUGACGAGGCGCCGGGAGACAUGUCUGGUAGUACCCGCAGUCCACCCACGCCGCAGCUCACCACCGUCUGGCGCACCAAGUCCAUCCCUUACGACAUUCCCGACACCACCCACCCCUUCAGGAACGAGGGUUCUCUCCUAAAGCUGCUGCGCACCAAGUCCAUGCCGCUGCUCGGCAGGGAAGGCAGCAGCCCGCAACGCCUGCAGCCGGUCUCGCAGCAAGCCCACGCCCACGCCCGGAGCCAGUCACCCUCCCCUGUGCGGCACCCGCGGAACAGCAGGAACAUGAGCGGUCACCUCAGCGACGCUUCGGAAUCCACCGUGCCCUCGCUGAGCACGCCGCCUCCCACGCCCCGCUCCCCGUCCCCCACCAGACCACGUUCCCGCUCUGCCUCUGACGGGCACCUGUGGCAGCGGAGGAAGAAGCAGCUGAGGCGCCACACGGACAAGGUGAUGGUCACGCUGCCCUCAGUCAAGGAUCUCAGGGGAAAGUUUGACGAGAAGACAGCGAUCUCGCCCACCGACAAGCAGCCACCGGCGAGCCCCGCCCCGGUGAACGAUCACGCCCUGAAAGAGAGUGAGACGGAUGAUGGGCGGGAGGGGCGGCGAAUGACGCGUCACUACAGCAUGCUCAGGCCUCAUCUCAAGAGUCCCGAGCGACGCCAGCCGCCGAGACAAGCCGUCACGCCUGACAACGUCAGGAAGAUCUUGGAGAAAUUCGAAAAUUUGCCGCAGGUCGAGGGCGAGGAGGGUGAGGUGUUCUCGAGGAGUGACUCCCAGAAGCUGCGCAGCAAGAGCCGCAGCGAGGUCACUCUGAAGACCAGUGCCUCGGAGGUACCAAAGGAAGAUCAAACUCGUCGCAGGACGAGCCUCCAGGGGCGGCAAAGAAUGAAGAACCACCGGCGAUCCAAGAGUGAACCGGACCCGUCUGCCGUACUGCGCCACUACGCCCAGACCUCCCCGCCAAGCGUCAAGAAACUUAAACUCUUGUUCGAAAGGGAAGCCCUGGCUGGAGGCGGCAGCGACUUCGCCAAGAGUACCGCCCCGGAGCGUGCCACUCCCCUGGAGCGACAGAAAGAAAAGACGCCUGAGUCGCUGCAGGUGCUGGAGUCUCGUGGGAGCACUGCCGGGGAGACAGAAGCCGAGGAGAGCAGCACGGCAGACCAGCAGCUCCUGGGCGUGGUGGACGCCACUGGCCAGAGGGAGCAGGCUAAGACCCCGCCAGUAGUGGAAGUGCUUACCGCCGGGACGCCCUCUGUCAGGAGUUUACGGCAACGAUUCGAGGAAGGAGCCUCAGCCCAGUCUUCGCAGAAAAUUGUUGAAGAGGAGGUCGCCUCGAAGCCCCGCCGAGCCAUCGCGCAUCAGCUCAAGACGCCCUUUGAGGAAUCAUUGCACCAGAAGUCCAGGAGUGUUUCUCCAGAGAAGGAAAGUCGCCACUCGCUCACCAGCUUCUCCAGCGCCUCAGUCAAGAACCUCAUGCGGCAGUUUGAGGCGUUGUCACCCGAGGUGCCCCAACAGGCGGAGCAGGACGGCCUGGGACGCGAACCCAUGUCACCAUCCAGCCCGCAGCCGAUUGAGUCUUACAAAAAGCUACAGACGCCUCCACUUGACAGCGUGACGCGAGAAGCCCAGCACGACGCCAAGCCAGAGGACAAAGCCACGCUUGAGGUGCAGGUGGACUCCUCUUGGCGGCGGCAGUCACGCAAGAGUAGCUCAGAGUCAUCCAGCGAUGACGAAAAGAGGGAAGAGCACAGCAGAAGAAGGCAGGAGAUGGAGCAGCAGAGAGAGAAGAAGGAAGCAGAGAACGAAAAGGAGAGACAGAGAAUUGAACAAGAACAAAAAUUGUUACGAGAAAAGGAAGAAAAGAUGAAAAUCGAAAAAGAGAUGGAAAUUAUAAGAAAGGAAAAGGAAAGAGAAAUCAGAGAGAAAGAAAGAUCAAAGAAAGAGCAAGAGGCAAAGGAAAAAGAAGAAAAGGAAAGGACUCUAGAAAUUUUAGAAAAGGAAAGAGAAGCUAAAAAGAAGUUAGAAGAGGAAAGGAAAAUACGAGAAAGAAAAGAACAAGAGAGACUCGCCAUGGAAGAAGAAAAAAGGAAACUUUUAGAAAAAAAGAAUAAAGAAAAAGAGAAAGCACAACUGGAGAUACGUAAGAGGGAAAGAGAAGAAAAAGAGCGAGAGGAGAGAGAAAGAGCAGAAGAAAAGAAAGAAAGAGAAAAACAGAGAAAGGAAAUGGAAGAAAAAGCAGAAAUGGAACGAAGAGAGCGAGAAAGAGUGGAAAGAGAAAAGGCACAAGAGGAAGAGAAGGAACGAAAGAAGCGCGUAAGAGAGGAAGCUGAACGCCUGCGCCUCCACCACGAACAGCAGGAAGAGAAGAAGAGGAAAGAGGAAACGAGGAGGAAAAGGGAAGAGUUCAUCAGAAGAUUAUCAGGCGAGGAGGUGCCCAAGGGCGUGGGGCGUGACGAGGCCCGUGAGAACGACAAGAAACCAGACGACAAGCCAAGCGGCAGCAGCAAUACGCCGCAGGGCGAAGCUUCGUCUGAACAGCGGGUCGAGCAGCUCAUCGAUCAGUUCACCAAUCUCCGCGACGCCGACUUGGAGUGGGAAGUGCGGAGAGGCGACACCCACCACAGGCUUGGCGGAGACGAUAUUGAGGACGAGGAUGCGGAUGACCGCCGCCACUCCGACGUGGCCGCUCUGGUGAACAAGUUCCGCAAGCUCAAUGCACGCCGACGCCCAUCGUCCUCCUCGGAGAGCGAUGGCGAAGGCGGUAAGCCUCGCACUAGGUCAGUGAAGGAGGAGGCGCCCAUCCCCACCAUUCCCGCCAGGAGCAGCGGCCCGGGCAAGGUGCGUACGCUGCGGGAGGACGAAAUGCGCUUCUUUGAGUCUGCGGGCGGCGGCACGGAGCCUUUCCAACGCACCCAGAGUCUCCGCGUCAAGAAGAGCGAACAGUCGCACUUCACGCAGCCCCGCUUCGGCUCCCUGCGCGGCAGCAAGUCCAACAAGUCCCGCGUGGCGGUGAUCGCCGCCUCCAGCACCACCAACGCUGCGCUGCCCAGGAACUGCCGCCGCCUCAACAGUGACGAGCUGCAGUUCUUCACCGGCGAGGUCACCAACAUCUACCGCAACAGAACAACGAAAUCGCGCGGCAGGGCGGGGAAGAUAGACAGGAGCAACGGCAGACCGCUCAAGGCGCCUCGAAGCGGCGCCCUGCCAGACACUGAGGAGUUUUUUCGCAUAGCGGGUCGAGCCGAGCAAGGAGGUGAGCCCAACGGACGACCCGCCACUAGCGAGAACGAGUCAGACUCUGAGCCGAGCGUCCUGCGCACUAGCGACGAUGUAAUCACGGACUCCGAGAGCGACAUUUACGAGCUGGACAUCAACCUGAGGAGCGACGCGGACACAGAGGACACCUCAGACACGGAGGACCGCAGUGAGCUGGACCAGACGCUGUCCCUGUUCGUGCAUUCCAUCCAGGGGGAGUUGCUGCCGCCUGUGGCCACCGAGGGCUGCGGGGAGGAACAGUCCCGGUGCUACGUGGUGUUCAGCCCCGAGACUCACCCAUGGAGCAGCGAGGACGAGGACGAAAUGCUUGAGUCCUCCCUUGUGUUACCCACACUCACAGAGAACGUCCCCACGCCAGUACUCAAAGAAAACGGAAUCUCUCUCGCUGUGCACCUGCAGGAGGGAACACUGAGCGACGCACCUGAAGCAGUGGUGUUCAACACGCCCGCGGGGUACACAAAGACAGAACAAAUCAGUAACAGCCACAGUGAGGGUGAAGACAACACUCUACACCCUCCGAGGCAACAUUACAGCACCGAGAAAGACGCCAAUUCCUUACAGAAACUAGUAGAUUUACCUCAACACAGCGGCACCACCAAAGAAAACGAUGCUGGUAUUGAUUUUCUCGGGCUAACCAAAGCAGACUUGCGGCCAUCGGAGGCGCUCAAAGGAUUGAUGUUGACGGAACUCGUGACAGGAGAGACAGGUGAGACAGACAGCAGGGAGGCCAGCCUGCAUCUGCUGACUCUUGAGAAAAGAGAUUCCAGCGAAGAAAAGAAGGUAAAGAAGAAAGAGGAAGAUAAUGUAAAGAAGAUGGAGAAGAAAGAGGAGGUCAGUGUAAAGGUGGAGAAGAAAGAGGAAGAUAAUGUAAAGAGAAUGGAAAUGAAAGAGGAAGUCAGUGUAAAGAAGGAGAAAGAAGAGGAAAUUAAUGUAAAGAAGAUGGAGAAGAAAGAGAAAGUCAUUAUAAACAAAGUGGAGAAAAAAGAGAAGCAAGAAGCCACAAUUAAGAUGGAGAAGAAAGAUACAACAAAAGCGGAGAAGGAGGAGGAAAUCACCAUAAAGAAAACGGGAAAGCAAGAAGAGGAAGUCAGCGCAAAGAAAUUGAACCUACAGGAAAGUUACGCAGAGGAGCUUGACCCCGAGGACUUACAACUGCAGGAGGAGCAGCGGGCCAUCGCAGCCUUUCUGGAGGAGCUGGACAGGAUCAACUCCCUGCCGCGCACCAUCCCCAAGCCCUCCACCCGCCGCAAGGAGAACAAGCACAAACACAUGGACGAGGACGACACCAGCAGCGUGACCAACAGCGACGAGGACGAGGAGGACACCGACAUGCUUCCUGAGGACUUGAGGAGCAUCGAGGAGCAAAUAAUUCCUUCUGCGUCCUUCCAAGAACUCUUAUCCUGCCCCGAGGGUCCUUCAGGCUCUCCAAGACACGAUAAUGGUCCUUCAAGCACUGCCAAGGACCUCAGGGACAUAGGGGCUCCUUCACAGGAUUCCAUUGCUUCACUGAGGGCCACGAAGGACCUCUUUAUCGCAACGCCUCCUUCAGGAACUCAAAAAUCCGUUCCCAUUACUAGUUUCAAUGACGCUCUGAAGAAGGAGAAAGGAGAAAUGGGAGGAGAGAUCUACACUUCUCCUCUGCCUCCCCAGUGCACGGAGAGGCAAGAGGAAGAGGAAUGGAGGGAAAUAAGAGGAGAUGCUACUGCUUUAGGAUCACCAUCACUAUUAGAAGAGGACAUCAUGACAGGGCGGGAGUUUAUCAAGUUCUGCAUCUUUUCCCUCUGGUUUUCCCUCAUCAUCUACUUUCUCUCAGACAUUCUCAGUUAGCGGCGCACCGAGCUUUCCCCGCGUGGCCAAGGUUACAUGAAGAAAAAGCUCCCUUUGCGCCCAAGUUUAUGGAAUUGAGUCCUCCUACAGCGAGACUUGAGAGCUUCCAGUCCUCUGCUCUUAAAGUAAUUAGAGUUUUAUUAAAGAUACAUUCCUCUGUCCCCUUUCGUCCCCAUUCUUCCAAUAAAGUUAAUCUCAAAUUACCGCAGGAAACUAGAUCAGACCUUUCUUUUUCCCUUCUUUUUCCUGCCCGUCUCUCUCCAUCCCCUCCUUCCUCUCCUCAAGUCAAACCACCUCCAUCCCUCCAUCUCCUCCCCAAGCUUCCUUCCUCACAUCAUCACCCUGAAACCUUUUAGAAGUUAGGUACUACUAUUACUGAAGACUCUGUUCUUACUCUCCUCCUUCCUCAUUAUUUUCCUUCUUCCUACUUCCUCUUCUUCCUUAGUUUCUUCUUCUUCGUUAUCCUUGGUCUUUUUUUCUCUUCUUACUUUUCUUCUCGUUCUCCUUAUUUUCCUCCUCUUUCUCCCUCUAUCAUUCUCAUUUUCUUCCUCUUCUUCCUCCUUACUUUCCAGCUCUUCUCCUGUCUCCUCCUCACUUCCCUCCCUUAGUCCAUCUUUUUCUCUCCUCCCUCCUUAGUUUCCUCUUUUCUAUCUCUCUCUCUUCCCUUUCUCCUUCUCUCCUUCUCUCUCCCCUCCUUACUCCUUUCCCUUUCUUCCUCUUUGCUCUCCUCUUCUCUCUCUAUCUCUCUUCCCAGUCUCCCGUCACAUCUUAAGUCUUGUCACAGAAUUCGGCUUUUAAGUUUGAGAAAAUGUGUUAAUACGAUCUAAUACUUUGUUCCUCCCUGCGUCCCCCUCCUGCCCCUCCCUGCCUUCUCUCCCCUGACAAGCCACUUAACUAUGGGAAUUAUUAUAAAGAGCAAAACGUUUUCAUUGUACUUUUAACGGUGAUUGUGAUUCCUGUAACGCCUGAGUCCAACUGGCGCCGCUAGAAUUCGCGAAAUGAAAAUACGAAAUUGAAAUGUGCCAAUAAAAAAAAAAAAAAAGGGUGAAGAUUUAUGGUGAAAGUGAGUUUUUGAGGAAUGUGAUUAUAGUGAAAGGCCUGAGAUAUAUGAAUUAUUAUUAUUAUUUUUUUUUCUUAUACUUGAAUAGAUUGAGUUGAAAAUGUGAAAAAAAAAAAACAAGAAAAAAAUGUUGGAGUUUAAAGGGAAGUGAUUGUAAUGAGUAAGUGUGACAUAUGAAAAAAAAAUUGUUAUGCUUGAUCAAAUUCCAUGUAGAUAUAAGGAAAUGUAUAAAUAAUGUAGAAAGAAAUUAGUAUUAUUGUUCUUGUGAAUGUUUAUUUUCUUUUUUUCUUUUUUUCUUUUUUAUGUUUUCUUUUGUUUUCGUUCAGAUUUGUUGUGUUGCGCUGCUCAGUUUUGAAUGUUUAGGAGAAAGAAAAUAAAGGAAAGUGUUAGUUUUGUCAAAUUUGCCUGAUAUAAUUUCUCUUUUUAAUGUUCAAUGUUCGUUUUCUUUGUCCAGUUUGCUCUCUCUCUCUCUCUCUCUCUCUCUCUCUCUCUCUCUCUCUCUCUCUCUCUCUCUCUCUCUCUCUCUCUCUCUCUCUCUCAAUACAUUAGUUUUCUCCUUAAUUUAAGGAAGUAUUGCCAAUGCCCGUCAUGGAAUGUGACAGUGUUGCCAAAAAUAAAUAUAUGUUCUUGGAAAAAA